AUUCCUUUGAACAUGUCGAAAAGAAUGAGAGAAGAUCUGACAUCCGUCCAGGUGGACAUUUUGGAAAAAGCUUGGCUUGCUGGUGUUAAGAUGGCAGGGUGUAAGGAGAUUGCAUCUGUUGCCAGUCAAACCGGUUUAACUGAGGAAAAAGUUAAGGUGUGGAUUGGAAAUCGGCGGGCAAAAGACAGACAUGCAGGUGUCUGUGGACCAAAGAAGGUUGCCUACACAUAUGGACCAAAUGCGUAUUCAUAUUUUUGUGGGACAAUCCCAAGAGGUGACUUAUCCAAACAAAUGUAUUUUAAACUGUGUGCCAGUGAGUGGAAAAAACUUUCUGAAGAAGACCGGGCACAGUUUAAAAUACAGGCAGAAAAGGUCCGCCAAGACCCCAAUAAAGGGUGUGACAGGAAGUUGCUUUAUAAGAAGCACAUGUCCAUCAUAAAUAAAUCGGUAAGUGUGAUAUCUUACAGUCUUCAGGUUUCCAUGUUAGUGGCUUCAGCCUGGAUGCUGAAAACCCUGAUGUACCAGUACUAUUUGGGAACACAAAAAGGAAUGAAGUGGCUUGCAUCCAAGAAUGCUGAAAUUGUCACUAAUAUUUUAGGCACAACAGAAACAAGUGAUCAGCAAGAUGAUCGAAAGAGUUUGAGACGUGAAGUUCAAAGAAAGUUUGAGUCUUGUUGGGUGGUCUCCUCUGGAUUAAAAAAACCUAUACCCUACAAAGCCAUAUUAGAGAAAACAAUUGAUGUAGAAGUUUGUGGGCUUCCAGAGGGUAUUUCAUUCAAGAAUCCCAGUAUGUACUCAUUGCCUCAACUUAAGAAAAUCCUCUCUUCAACAUUGAAGUUUGAAGUGAGUGUCAGACCUGAAACAUCAAAGGCAAGAGCUCCACAGGAAACAGAGGUUGAUACAACAGCAGCAGCAAAUUCCAAACUAGCAAAUGGUGGACAAAACCUGGUAACUGAGGACGUUUCUG